AUGAACGAUUUGCAAAAUCAACAUGAUGAUGUUUUGGUUGAAGAUGAUAAUGAAAUUGUUACCGAGUUCGCGAACUUAGUGGAAGGCGAAACAUCAGUGGAAGAUGAUGUAAAUGCGCCUGAGGUGGGUAUGAUAUUUAAAGAUGAAAAGGAUAUGUGUGACUUCUACAGAAAGUAUGCUUAUGCCAUUUGUUUUCCGGUUAAGAAACGAAAUUUGAAAAAGGGGAAUGAUGGAGUUUUGAGAUAUAGAAUUAAUGCGGUCCAUCUCGAGCACAAUCAUGAAACAGUUCCAUCGAAGUUCAGGUUGUUCCGAUGCAAUCGAUACUUGAGUGCAAAUGUGAAACGGAAGCUUCAAGUGAAUGAUUUGGCAGGAAUUCCAUUGCAUAAAAGUUAUAAUUCUGCAGUUGUAGAAGCAGGAGGAUAUGAGAACAUGACUUGCAUUGAGAAAGACCGUCAGAACUAUGUAGAACAAGUGAGGCGAUUAAGACUUGGAGAGGGAGAUGAUGUGGCAAUACAAUCAUAUUUUUCAAAAAUGCAAUCACAGUGUUCAGGAUUUUUCUUUAGUAUAGAUUUGGAUAUCGAGUCGCGACUUAGAAAUGUGUUCUGGGCAGAUAACCGAUGUAGGCAGACAUACAGAGAGUUCGACGAUGUGGUCACUUUUUGA